AUGGAGCUAGUGGGACGGGUUUGGUCAGAAUUUCAAGAGGGUGAUCCAAUGGUUGUGUUGUAUAAGAAACUGAGGAGCCUCGAGAGGCAUCUGAGAGACUUUAAUAUAACCAAAUUUGGGAAUGUGCACUCGAGGGUUGCCGAAUUGCAUACAAAGCUUGAUAGGGUUCAAGCCUCUCUACUGGAAAGUGAUGGGGUGUCCAUUGACAUUAUCAAAAAGGAGAUGGACUUGAGGAUACAGUUGUUAGAAGCUAUUGACAAAGAGGCUAUUGACAAAGAGGAGAAACUCUUGAAGCAAAAAUCCAUAGUGGCUUGGCUAAAAGAUGGAGACCAAAAUACUGCCUUCUUCCACAGAGCAGUAAAGGAAAGGAAUGCAAGAGCCACCAUUCGGGUUCUUUACUCCACUUCAAGGGAUAAGUUGGAAGGGGUGCAGGAAAUCAAAGCGGAAGCAGUGAAUUUCUAUCAGGGCCUCUUAGGCAGUCAAGAUGCAAGAGUGAGGGUCUCGGCUGCACAACUCUCUCAUAUCCUUAAAAGGAAGGUCUCUCAUUCCAAAUCUCAAUCACUCAUGUCACCUAUCACUGAAGAGGAGAUUAAAGCAGCUUUGUUCUCGAUGGGUAAUGACAAGUCCCCUGGCCUGAAUGGCUUCAUGGUAUUCUUCUACAAGCACGCUUGCCUAAAAGCGAUGGGAUUUCCCCCUACUUUUUUGUGGUGGAUCAAGGGCUGCAUCUCGUCCCCUCAUUUCUCAGUGGCUAUCAAUGGGUCCUUAGCUGGCUACUUUGCAGGUCAGCGGGGACUCAGACAGGGGGAUCCUAUAUCCCCUUAUAUAUUUGUCAUUGCCAUGGAGGUCUUCUCAAAUCUUCUGGAUACUGCGGCAACUGAAGGUGGAAUUGGUUUUCACCCAAGAUGUAAGUCCCUAAAGCUGACCCAUCUUUGUUUUGCGAAUGAUUUGUUCUUAUUCACAAAUGGCUCUAGGGAAUCUAUCAUUGCUAUUCUAAAUGUAUUGAAUACCUUCUAUUGUUGGUCUGGUUUGAAGAUGAAUCCUGAGAAAUCUAAGAUCUUCAUGGGAGGCAUUAGUGAGGAAAGUAUCUGUGAAUUGGUGCCCUGUUCUGGGUUUAAGAGAGGCACUUUACCUGUGCGUUACUUGGGGCUCCCUCUUGUUUCUGGAAAGCUCUCUGCAAAGAAUUUAUCUGGUCUUUACAGCAACCUGGAGAUUGUUCAUGGAAUUGGAGGAAACUCAUGCAACUUAGAGCUCUGA